UUCUCCCUUACGAAUUAGCCAGAGCUAAAUAUAAACUGUGUAAAGCUGGAGGAGCAGCAACGGAAUGUCAGAUCAAACCGUGUGUCUGAUGGGAGGAGGAGGAAAAUCGGGAGGAGAGGACUGCGUGGCAGGAUCUAUUUCUCACAGGGCCUCAUGCUGUGGUGGCCGGGGAAUGACAGUUUUUUAUCACUGAGCCUCUUUAAAAAGCUCGCCCCCCUGCAGCACCAGGCUUUACGCGAAUGCCUAUUUUUAUAUCCCGCUUCUAGGGUCUGAGCGAGGCUCCUGCAGCGCGGGCUCUGCCCCAACCGUGGCAGAACGCGGUGACGGGCUUUGUGCGGUGUUAAUUAAACGCAGGACCGGCGCUCUCCGAGCGCACGGGUGGCCGGAGGCGGUACAAACCUCCCGGGUCCUCCCCCGGCGCGGCCGGCCCAGCGGCGCGGCCCGCCCCCCGCGGAGGAAGACGCCAUUGCGGGUUGUUUGUGCAAGCGGCGGAGGGAGGCGGCGGCGCUUCGGCCGCGGACUCUUUUCCUUGCGGCCAUCAUGUCCACCCCGGCGAGGCGCAGGCUGAUGCGCGACUUCAAGAGAUUGCAAGAAGACCCUCCUGUGGGUGUCAGUGGUGCACCAUCUGAGAAUAACAUAAUGCAAUGGAAUGCAGUUAUCUUUGGGCCAGAAGGGACACCUUUUGAAGAUGGUACUUUUAAACUAGUAAUAGAAUUUUCAGAAGAAUAUCCAAAUAAGCCUCCAACUGUUAGGUUUUUAUCAAAAAUGUUCCAUCCAAAUGUUUAUGCAGAUGGUAGCAUAUGUUUAGAUAUUCUUCAGAAUCGCUGGAGUCCAACAUACGAUGUUUCAUCUAUUUUAACUUCAAUUCAGUCUCUGCUUGAUGAACCCAACCCCAACAGCCCAGCUAACAGUCAGGCGGCACAACUCUAUCAGGAGAACAAACGUGAAUAUGAGAAAAGAGUUUCAGCUAUUGUUGAACAAAGUUGGAAUGAUUCGUAACAGCUGCUUUGUUACUCUCCAUCCUCAUAAUCGUUAUGUACAAUUUAACUCUCAAUAGAAAGGCUACCAGAAAUUUCAAGUGCCACAGUUCUAAGAAUUUGCAUAAAAACUCAUUUGCAACCGAAAUUAAGCCCUCCAGUUUAGGAAACCUAAAAGCUUGUGUAUCUUAAUUAACGUACUUUUUAUUGCAUGGUAUGAACUAAGUUAUUGCUACAUAAAUUUGUAAUAUAUCCUGUUUGUAUUUUUUUUCCAAGUGUAUAAUGUUGGUGUGGAGUUUUCAUGACAGAAUAUACACAUUUUGUAAAUCUGUACUUUUUCAAAUAUUGAAUGCCUUAUUUUUGAAUUCUUUAGAUUUUUAAAUUGGAGAAAAGCACUUAACAAAGUUUUUAUAUAUAAAUAUUUCAUGUAAAACUGUUAAAUACAUAACCUUAGUGCAAGACA